AUGGAGGAUACGCAUAGCAAGAGGAGUCCUCCAUUUCCAUCGCCAACCGAGACUGUGUCGCCUGUCGCCGUGCCUCAACCUCCCCACCUACAGCCUGCCCGGCUGACGGCAAGCUGCCGAAUCCCCGAUCAUGAUCAUGCGGGCAGUUUAUCCAUGGGUAGGAUCGCGCACAGCGUGGACGGUUCAUUAAAAUCGGCACCGACACUGCAAACGCCCCGUUUCUCGCGGAGAGACUCUGCUGAACACAUCGGCCUGACACCGAUCACGGAGGACACCCGAUCAGCAACCGAGCGACAGGAGGACGAGGGACGUAGCUCGCAAACCCUCAAGGAUUUGCGGAGACAGAUGGAGGAGCUGCUGGUUUAUCAACAAAUGCAGCAACACCAAAAUCAAUUCUCGUCCCUAACUCAACCCGUUCCUGGGCCUCUACAUGAAACCCCGAAGAAACGACGGCUCUCGAACGCCUCCACCAACAUCCCUCCGACCAUUGUGCAGCCCUCAUCCGGCUCAAUAGGAUCCGGCCGAACAAUCAAAGGAGUGGAUAGCCAUGGCGCAACGGCAACAUCUCCGGAUCAGAUGGUCCCCCGAACACCCGCAUAUCCGUUCCCAAGCGUACAGACGUACAGCCCUAAACCAGAAGUCCACCAAACAGGGCGCCAGUCACAAUUUCGGUUGAAGCUACCUUCAGAAAAGCCCAGAACAUUUACACCGGGAUCGCAACUAUCGAAGGCCCAGCAGGCUCCGUCGGAGAUCUCCAGCGCACAGCCUAGGUUUCUUCCGCCCGAACACAUGCACCCGGCUGACGACUUGGACAUUGUGACCCCCAAUUUAUACGAUUUAACACUCAAGUUGAACGCAGACCCGGGACUGGAAGCUUGGUGGUCUAACCUUGUGGAAAUCUUGCAAACUCACUAUGGCGCAGAACGCGUCUCACUGGCCAUCCCAGGGGACCUGACUGACCUUGAGAAUGUGCCCUGGGGCCAGAAAGCCAUUUUUAACCAGAAUGUGAGCUCCAGAUUCGAGGAUGCCCAGUCUUCUAGGGUUCCCGAUCGCACGUUGUCGGACACCACAGGCACCCGCAGACCGAACGAAGAGACGAAUCGGAGGCAAGAUGAAGACUUGGUCCCGAAGUUGAAAACUCCCGUGUCCACUCGUCCGCCUCUGGCAUCGCGCCACUCGUUCGCAGGAUUUGGCCACGGCAAAGGGCCAACCCCGGUAUCAACUCUGGACCAACAGCAGCAGACACCAAAAGCCUCUGCGAAGGCGGAGAGAAAGCACGCCCGUAUUGCAGGGUCAUCUACUGUGGUGGCGAUAACGACAACCUGCAGCAGCCAAUGGCAAUCGCCCCCUCGUUUAGAGCCGAAUGACUCUGCGAAUCCGGCGUAUCCAGUACGACAAGCUGUCUUCCCGUUUUCGAGACCGUUAGAAGUGGAGGCGGACCCUCUGGUCAAGCGGACUGGUGUAGUCAAGCUGUUUGGACGAACAACCCCUGUCGUUCUUACCCGCGAGUACUCUUCAGAGCCCAGUCAUUAUCCACUGGAAGGAAAUGAUAUGGCCCGGAGUCCGAACGAGACGCUGCAGAAAACUCCAAAUGCGGAUGGUCCUGAACCCACAACGGCCGAGGGUGGCCAAAAUGCGCUUUUAACCAGCCUCGGCGCGACUGGGAUGCGGCAUUAUGAUGAGUAUGAACAGGUUCCACAGUCUCCAUGGUCUCAAUCCCCCGCACCUUCACCAGCUCCUCGAACGCACGCGGAUCAAAACCCUUUUUUCACGUGCCAUACUGUUGAUGAAGGUGCUUUCUCAAAAAGUCCACCCCCACAUGACUACUCCAACACGCAUCCGUUAGAGGCCAUUGGGGUAGACCACUCCAAGACGGUGAUCCACAUUCCUCUCCUACAUGGUGGUCAUCUCACCCAAGGCUCUCCCUCAACCUUGAGAUUUCCGGUCGCCAUAGUCUCAUUACUGUCUACAAUUGUGCCAUAUCCCGCUCAUCUUCGCCAGUCCCUUGCACACCUCAUGCCCCACCUCACAACGUCCUUUUGCCUAGCACAACAGUACAGUCAGCUGGAACGACAAUUGACAUCAAAGGUGGAGGCUCCUCGAUACGGACAUCUACUUGGACUUGGUGGAACCUUCUCCGAUGCGAGUAGCGAGUUGGAGCUCGUGGCGGGCCUAAGUGGCCAUGUCAGCUACUCCGUUGGCGACGAGAACUCUAUGUCUGCUAGAGCUAGUGUUGCCAGUCCAAGUGACCGUUCGUCAACCAAACUUAGUCCUGCCGUAUCCGGCUUUGGAACACCUGGGUUUGAGCUUGGCCAGAUGGGCCUGAGUUCGGCGACACAGUCUCCAGCCUUACUCUCUCGCCCUGGAGAUACCACAGAUAGUUAUUUCAACGUCCAACAGCCCAGGGCUCCUCGCGACAAUAUCCCACCGCAGCGACGCCGUCUUUCUAAAUCCAAGUCAAACUUCGCAUCCUCAACACCAUCAUCUCCGGGCAGGUUGACAGGCAAACCUUCCACCGAGGAGGCUGGCGGCAAUUCCCACGAUCCAACUUUAAUUGCCGCAUCCCCAUUACAGGAAAUGAGGCCACCAAACGUUCUGUCUCCCAUUCAGCAGUCGUCACGGCAGGCGUCAACCACCUCCUUGUAUGCCCAGCUUCAGCGUGAGAUGCCUCGACCUUUCUCGGACACAAUAGCACAGUUGAUGCUCAACUCUGUUCCUCUCCAUCUUUUUCUGGCCAAGCCCCAGAGCGGUGAAGUGAUUUGGACCAAUGCAAAGUUUGACGCCUAUCGAAGGAGCAAACCGCAGGAACAAAAGCUGCGUGACCCCUGGCAAAAUAUCCACAGCACCGAACGGGAUCAUGUCUCCAAUGAGUGGGCCAAUGCCCUGCGUACUGGUUCUCAGUUCACAGAGCGAGUUCGAGUGAGACGGUUCAAUGACGAGACUGCAUAUCGAUGGUUUAUCUUCCGAGCCAAUCCUUUGUUGUCAUCGACGGGUGAGGUUCUUUAUUGGAUCGGCUCCUUCCUCGACAUCCAUGAACAGCAUAUUGCCGAGCUGAAAGCAACCCAAGAGAGGGAAAAGUUUGCUACUGAUGCAAAGUAUCGGGCAUUCUCAAAUUCGAUACCCCAGAUUGUUUUUGAGGCAACCGAGAUAAGGGGAUUGAUUUUUGUCAACGAGCAGUGGAACUUGUACACAGGCCAAAGUCUCGAGGAGGCUCUGAACCUCGGGUUUGCGAAGCAUGUUCACCCUGAUGACCUCGAAAGAUGCGGCGGCCUCUCAAUGCGAGCGAAGCAAGGGAAUUUAAACGAUGAUACCAAAUCUUCCAGUGACGAUGCACGGAGCAGAUCGUCCUCGGACAGCCACGCUGUCUCAUCUACCCUUGAUGAACUUGUGAAACGCGGCGUCGCUUCCUUGCAAAGGGAUGAAAAUGGACGUGUCUUCUACUCCACCGAGAUCCGCCUUCGAUCCAGAGGUGGUGACUUCCGAUGGCAUCUGGUUCGCCUAGUUCUAGUUGAGACAAGCAGCUUCGGUAGCGAAGAAGCCUCCUGGUACGGCACCUGUACUGACAUCAACGAUCGAAAGAACCUCGAGCGAGAGCUCAACAAGGCAAUGACUCAGCUCAACAAUCAAAUGGAGUCCAAGACGAAGUUCUUCAGCAACAUGUCUCACGAAAUUCGAACUCCUCUCAACGGUAUUCUGGGCACUAUCCCAUUCAUUUUGGAUACGCAGCUCGAUACAGACCAACGACGAAUGCUUGAUACCAUUCAAAACAGCUCCGCCAACCUUCGUGAACUCGUCGACAAUAUUUUGGAUGUCUCCCGCGUUGAAGCAGGCAAGAUGUCGAUGGUCAACUCUUGGUUCCAUGUUCGGUCAAUGAUCGAGGAUGUAAUUGAUACCAUCGCCUCCCGAGCAAUCGAUAAGGGCCUUGAAAUCAAUUAUUUGAUGGAGGCAGACGUUCCAUCAAUGGUGAUCGGUGACCGAUUCCGGAUUCGUCAGGUUCUUAUUAAUUUAGCUGGAAAUGCUGUCAAAUUCACUGCACAGGGUGAAAUCUACAUCCGCUGCAAUCUUUCCCGUGAUCCAGUAGGGAAGCUGAAGGAUACGGAAGCGUUCCUGAACUUUGAUGUCGUCGAUACUGGCAAAGGCUUCAGCUCGCAGGAGGCAGAACGUCUCAUGCAGAGAUUUAGCCAAUUAGGCGAAACCGGUUCACAGCAAAACGCUGGCAGUGGCUUGGGCUUGUUCUUGUCGAAGCAACUUGUGGAGAUGCACGGCGGCAAACUCACACCUAGCAGCAAAGAGGGCCAGGGAGCUCAAUUUUCCUUCAAUGUGACGGUAGAUGCUCCUCUCCCCCAUCUCCUCCCGAACCCUCCCGGCUGCUUCAUCAAGCAUCCACCACUACAUCGCGAAGGCCAGCCAAACCUGGACCCUGCGGGCCUUUGGCCUGAACUUGAUUCUCCCGAACUUGGACCGGGAUCAAGGAGCUUGUAUCCAUUAUCUGCUGCGUCGUCUGCUUUGCCAACUCCAGAGAUUACUACAGCGCACUUGUCGCCCGGACUGGGCCUACCUAGGCCCAAUGCGGAUUCAGGCUUCCAGUCUGAAAACAACUUGAACGUACCUUCUAAUGAAAGUGCAUCGAGUCCAGCAGUUCGUCAGACCCCGCCACCGCCUCCAGGCUCUUCUUUUCUAGGCAAGCUUUGGGCUGGAUCCUCACCAGUGCCUCCGCAAGGCCCCCUUUCCAUCGUCAUCCUAUGCCCUCUGGACAAUACUCGCAAAGCUACCAAACAGCACAUUGAACAAGUCGUUCCACAAGAGAUUCCAUUUACGAUCACGGCCCUGCCGGAUAUUGACGAAUGGAAGGACUUGAUGCAGCCUGGUUCUAGCGCUCCUUGCACCCAUCUAGUCCUCAAUCUGCCUGCAACAGAUGACAUUUUGGAGGUCAUUCAGCAUGUUUCCGAACCGGAAAUGAAUGUUUCCCCUGUUGUCGUGAUUAUAUCGGACCUGUACCAGAAACGUCAGAUCAGCAGCCGAGUCAAGGAAUUGGCCGCAACAGGGAAGCAGGUUUUCAUCGUGCCGAAGCCUCUCAAGCCCUCGGCCUUCUCUACUAUCUUUGAUCCGGAUAGCAAACGUGAACUGAGCAAGGAUCGCAACCAAGACAUGGCUCGGGAAAUCAAUAACAACUUCAAGACUGUGUCCAAAAUGGUCAAGGAGGUCCUUGGAAAUAAGGGCUACCGGAUCUUGCUUGUUGAGGAUGACGAAACUAAUCGCGAUGUCAUGCUGAAAUACCUGGCCAAGAUCAAUCUCAUGUCUGAGACUGCCUCCAAUGGGCAAGAGUGUACUGACAUGGUCCUUUCCAAAGAACCGGGCUACUACUCCCUCAUCAUUUGCGAUAUCCAAAUGCCUAUCAAGAACGGUUACGAUACGUGCCGAGAUAUUCGCGCAUGGGAGCAGAAGAACCACUAUCCUCAAAUUCCGAUCAUGGCUCUGUCAGCCAACGCGAUGACCGAUCAAAUCGAGAAUGCUGCUCGUGCUGGUUUCAACGACUAUGUUACGAAACCUAUCAAGCACAACGAACUGGGCAAAAUGAUGAUGGGGCUACUAGAUCCCAGCCGACCGUUACUACUCCUCCGGGAACGCCUCAAUGGGACAGGAGGUGAAAAUGCCUCCUCUGCUCGUCGCUAG